ACUGUUAAUUGCUCUUUGCUCCUUCCUCUGAGCCAGCCACGUUCGUUACGAUUGCACCUAUCCCCCACUCCCCUCCGAAUAUCCUUCAUAGCUUUUCCUUGCCCUAAGUCUCAAUUCCUGCUCAGUUCGCAAUGGCGCCGGUACCAUCUUCAUCUCGACAAACACGCAAGCAACGGUCAUCGGCACGGAAGAGCAAAGAAUCUCGCGGUAAUAAUCUCGGUCGAUUCGAAGUCGUGGAUAAUUGGUGCCAAAUGGACUUUUCUGGGUGGGAGAAACCCUAUAAACCUGAUCCAGCAAACUCGAAGGGCUGGGAGCACCAGGAUCAUGUCGACCGACUUCGCGAUCUCGUUCCGUUCUGGAGAGAUGGCGUUCUGGCGGCAGAGGCAGGCCAGGAAGUCACUAAAAUGGAAGAAUUCUACAGAAGAUUUGAUAACGAAGAAGCCAAUACGACCCCAAGCUGGGGCGAAACAGGUCAAAGAGGCUGGGAGAGUAACUGGGCCAAUGACAAUAUGGAUGGUCAGGCCUGGGGAGAGGUCAUUAACGACGGCUGGGGAGAGGCUGUUAACGAUGGUUGGGGGGAGGUUGCUCAUGAUGGCUGGGGAACACCCGCAGUGCACCCCGCAUCCCCUUGGGGAGCAGCUUCACCUCGCCGCAGUCGUGCCUCGUCGGCCAAGCCCGUCAGCCAACCGCGGUCUAACAACACUGCAAUGAGCAGUGACAGGAUCGCUAAAUCAAGACCACCACCGAACCCUAAUCAACAUGGAGCUGCGGACGAAGGUCCUCUCGAUGUAUCGUCGUUCGUCGAGAAGAUGGCUCUUGAAGACAAUGCAAGCCCAGAGCGCAAACAGUUACUCCAUCGGUUCUACGCAAUGCCUACCCACGAGAAAUUGAAGAAGAUACAAGAGACUGUCCAAUUUCUACGCUCUCAUGGAUGAAAGUAUCGACCGUUUUAUUACUUCGGUCUAGUUAUGGACUGCUUCAUAUCGAUUUGAACACUCGUAAUACAGCCCAUUUGCCAGCCCUUGGUUAUACUCUUUUGCUACUCUUCCUUCUCUAUGCUAUCACUCGGCUUCUUUGCAGUUCUUCAAUUAUCGUUCUCCUUGGAUAUGAACGCCGAUGGACUGCGCUAGCAUACACAUCAUUUGGACGCAUUUCGUGAUGCUACUAUACCAAAAUCACACCUAUACCACUGAAUCAUAUGCUGUUAUCCAUAUCCUAUUGUACAAAUGAGACUGUGAGAGCGACACGACUAAUUUACAAUGUUUAAGUAAUAAGUAUUCUGAUAUAACAGCAACUUUUCCUCGC